GAAAUUCGAAAACCUUAUGGUUUAACACUUAACACUAAACAGUUUAGUGCGGAAGAGACUGGAGGGAAAAUUUCGAACACCAUUAGGUUUUUGUUACGCCGGAGAAGAUAAUCGGCGCCGGAGAAUGGAGAGAAUACACGUCUCAGUCAGAUCUCGUCCGCUCUCGACGGAGGACGCGAAGACGAGCCCAUGGAAGAUCUCGUCGGACUCGAUUUUCAUGCCCAAUCACUCUACUCUCUCAUUCGAAUUUGAUCGGAUUUUCAGAGAAGAUUGCAAAACUGUGCAAGUCUAUGAAGCUCGGACGAAGGACAUCGUCGCUGCCGCCGUUCGUGGAUUCAACGGAACUGUGUUUGCUUAUGGGCAAACUAACAGUGGCAAGACGCAUACGAUGCGAGGCUCACCGACUGAGCCAGGAGUGAUCCCUCUUGCUGUACAUGAUAUGUUUGAGACUAUAUAUCAGGAUACAAGCAGGGAGUUUCUGUUGCGUAUGUCUUACCUUGAGAUUUAUAACGAAGAUAUAAACGAUCUCUUGGCUCCUGAACACCGGAAACUACAGAUUCAUGAGAAUCUAGAGAAAGGAAUCUUUGUGGCUGGACUACGAGAAGAAAUUGUUGCUUCCCCUCAACAAGUUCUUGAAAUGAUGGAGUUUGGAGAAUCUCAUCGGCAUAUUGGGGAGACAAAUAUGAAUGUUCACAGUAGCAGAUCUCACACUAUUUUCCGCAUGAUUAUAGAAAGUAGACAGAAGACGCAAGAUGAAGGCGUUGGAAAUGCCUGUGACGCAGUCCGUGUCUCGGUUCUGAAUUUGGUGGAUCUAGCUGGUUCGGAACGGGCUUCCAAAACCGGUGCAGAGGGUGUUAGGCUGAAGGAAGGUUCACAUAUAAACAAGAGCUUGAUGACACUCGGGACUGUAAUUAAAAAACUGAGUGAAGGAGUUGAAAAUCAGGGUGGUCAUGUUCCAUACCGAGACAGCAAGCUUACAAGGAUCUUGCAACCCGCUUUAGGUGGAAAUGCAAAUACAGCUAUCAUAUGCAAUAUAACACUUGCACCAGACCAUGCAGAUGAAACCAAGAGCAGUCUUCAGUUUGCUAGCCGAGCACUACGUGUCACUAAUUGUGCACAUGUCAACGAGAUAUUGACUGAUGCUGCUUUGUUAAAGCGCCAAAAGAAGGAAAUUGAGGAGCUCAGAUCCAAACUAAAGACUUCUCACUCUGAUCAUUCGGACGAAGAGAUUCUUAACUUGCGCAACACCUUGUUGAAGUCUGAGUUAGAAAGAGAGCGGAUUGCACUCGAAUUAGAAGAGGAGAAAAAGGCACAAGCUCAGAGGGAAAAAGUUUUGCAAGAGCAAGCAAAGAAAAUUGAGAACUUGAGUUCAAUGGUUCUCCUCUCGAAUAGAGAUGAGAAACGUGAGCAGGAUCACUUUAAGAAGGGAAAGAGGAGAGAUACAUGGUGUACUGGUCUCCUUUCACGGGAUUCAACAUCAGAGGUUCAGUCUCAUGUCUUGUCAAGGGGAUCCUCUCUUAAAUCUGAAAGAUCCGAGCGUGAGACAGGCCCACUACUUCCAUUUGCGGAACUGGUAGAAAACGAACUCUUAUACAGCAUCAGCGAGCAAGAUGAACAUAAUAUCGAUGAAACCCUUGAAGAUUCUGCACUUCCGGAUCCGUGUGCUUUAGUGCAUGUGACUAGCAGAAAGAAACCAUCAUCAAUCAGGCAGAAAAGUCCUGUAGUGGUUAGGAAGAAAAGUCCCGUAGUCGUUGAAAGCGAGUCAGAGAGGAUUCAAAGGGAAUAUGAGGAUCUCUUCUUGCAAUAUGAAACUGAGAGAAUCACCCACGAAAUACAAAUUGAGUGCCUUAAAGCAAAGUUGGGCGAAAAAGAUUUAUCUGGUGAAGCAACAUGCAAGCAUUUAGAUUGCCAAGUUGUUGGUAAUGUACAUCAAGAGGAAAGUGGUGUCCAUCUUAGGGAUCCAGAAGAUAUUCUUCUCAUUAAGCAACUCCAAGAGAAGAUAAACAUGCUGGAAACUGAGAAGUCUUCAAGCAAGCAAAAUCUUGAUGAUCUUGUCACGAAAGCUACUGAGCAGAAUAUCUGUGCCAAGGAAAAAAAUGAUGAGAUUCAAGAAGAGAUUCAUGCUGCUAGAGAAGAGGCCCAGAUUGCUCGCGAACAACUUGUGUCCAAGGAGUCUGAAGUCACUCAUGUGCUUAAUGAGAAUUUUAACUCUCUGGUCAACGUCACAACAGAAGUUGAAGUCUUAGCAUCUGAGUUUCAAAACUUUAAAGCAUCGUUGGAAACCAUAUCGUUAGUUAUGGAUGAGGGUCUCCAAGAUUUUGCUUCCUUCUCUCCUUUGAUACAUGAUUUCACAUUGUUUAUGCGCCAAAGUUUUGAUGAGCAUGCUUCAAUUAUCAGCGGAUAUCAAAAUGUCCAAUCUUUUCUUAAACAAAAGGUUCUUGACAUUGAGAAUGAGAAGGUUCUUUUGCAAGAGCAGUGUGCUGGUCUUCAGAGCCAAAUAGAAGGACUAAACCAAGAAGCCCAAAAGCAUGGAACUUCCUUAAUGAUGCUCUCAGACCAGAAUGAGUCGGAGAGGUCAGAUCUCCUCUCUCACAUAGAAUGUCUUGAGAAGGAUAUAGCGAGCCUAUCUACCUCUUCUUUGGCCAAAGAGAAGGAAACUCUAAGAAAAGAUUUUGAUAAGAUGAAAGCAAAGCUAAAAGACACUGAAUCCAAGCUUAAGAAUGUCAUGCAGGAUAAGACCAAACUAGAGGCGGAGAAGGCAUCUGCUGAGAGAGAGUUAAAACGUUUGCAUAGCCAAACGGCCCUCCUCGAGAAAGAUAUUAGCAAACAGGAGUCCUUUGCCGGUAAAAGACAAGAUGAGAGAAAUGCAAAACAGUCCUUGCAGGAAGAAUUUCACAACCUUGAAGCGCUUGCUUUUGAGAUGGAAACAACAAUUGCUUCAUUGGAGGAGGAACUCGCUGCUGAACGUGGAGAGAAAGAGGAGUUGCUAUGUAGAAGCGAGGGUUUAGAUCAAGAAGUUACAUCUCUGACAGAGAAGCUGGAGCUCUCAAAUACCCAAUUAGAACAGCUGCAAAUAGAUAUCACGGAGCUUAAGGCUAGACUCGAAAGCUCAUCUUCUGAUCAGCAACAACUGGAAACCAAGGUUAAACAGUUGCUUGAAGAGAAGGAAGAGCUAGCGAUGCAUCUGGCGACCUCACUUUUAGAGAUGGAGGAAGAGAAAGCAAUAUGGAGCUCGAAAGAAAAAGCUUUGACAGAGGCCAUGGAAGAAAAGAUGAAUCUAUAUAAUAUAAAAAUAGAGUCACUAUCUAAAGAAGUGUCAGAGGCAAAGAGGGAGCUUGAAUCUUGCCGACUUGAAUGUAUCACCCUUGCUGAUAAGCUAAGAUGUUCUGAAGAAAAUGCUAAGCAGGAAAACGAAAGCAGCAUGGAGAAGUCUUUGGAGAUUGAUAGACUUGGGAAUGAACUUCAGUCAGCUCAUGCCGUGAGUAAACAAUCUCAAGAGGUACUCAAGUCUGACAUUGACACGCUAAAUUCCGAACUUCAACGUGCGUGCGAGAUGUCAGAUACACUUCAGAGUGAGCUUGAUUAUGUCACAAGUGAGCGCCAGAGUUUGCUAUCUCGCAUAGAGGAGAUUAAGAAGGAAGUAGUUUCAUCAAAUCGUUUGCAGGAUGCAGAUGCAGACAACAAGGAGAAGGCGAAGCUAAAAAUGAGACUCAUGGGGACCCAAGCGCGCUUAGAUGCAAAAUCUAUAAGGCACGAGCAGGCUGUGAAAGAAUCGGAAGUUAUGAACAGGAAGUUCCAAGAAGCAUCCGCAAAGCUAAAGGAGAAGUUAGCAUCAAAAGCACUCGAAGUCAUCGACCUUAAGAAGCAGCUCUCUGCUUCUUCAAGAUAACAAUGUCAUGAAAGUUAACCAACACUACUCUUAACUAGUAGUUAUUAAUGCACGGCUAGUAAAUGUCUCUAAUCUUUUGAAGUGGUUCUGUUGAUGUACAUUCUGUUUGAUCUUUGCACUAAACGCAUGGUUAAUUUUCAAGUUUGAUUAUAUUAAAUAUGUUUCUUAUACA